AUGGCCAACGCCCUUUCUUCCUCCUUCCUCCUCGGAAGCUUUUCUUCAAUUCCCCCUUCACUCUUACCAAUACCAUCACCAUUGCCACCGCUACUCACAUUCCAUCAUCCAAAAAGACCAAUACAGUCCUCGCUUACCUCCAUCGACGAUUUGAUUUGCAGGUUCUUGGACCCUCCACUGCGACCCUCCAUCGACCCCAAAUUCAUCCUCGCCGGAAACUUUGCUCCUGUCGCCGAGCUUCCACCCACCGCCUGCGAAGUCGAAGGCUUCCUUCCGGCUUGCCUGGACGGCGCCUACAUCCGCAACGGCCCCAACCCCCAGUUCGUCCCCCGCGGGCCGUACCACGCCUUCGACGGCGAUGGGAUGCUUCACUCUGUCAGAAUCUCCGGCGGACAGGCGGUAUUCUGCAGCCGCUUCGUGAACACAUACAAAUAUAAAGUUGAGAAGGAAAUUGGCGCUGCGGUUGUUCUCAAUAGCUUCUCGUCCUUCACCGGCGUCGCAGCUUCUCUGGCGCGCUCCGCCGUUGCUAUUAGCAGGAUGUUGUCGGGGCAAUACGACCUACGGCGAGGAACCGGCACGGUGAACACUAGCUUAGCGCACUUCGGCGGGAAGCUCUUCGCUAUUGGUGAAUCUGAUCUUCCUUAUUCGAUUAAGGUAUUGCCGGACGGAGAUAUAGUCACUUUGGGCCGCCACGAAGCUUUCGGCGACGAGUUGAUGACAAUGACAGCUCAUCCGAAGGUCGAUUGGGAAUCCGGCGAGGCCUUCGCGUUCAGGCACGGCGUCACGCGGCCGUUCCUGUCGUACUUCAGGAUCAACUCCGCCGGAAUUAAGCAGCCGGAAGUGCCGAUAUUCUCGAAGCCACAAGCCUCGAUGGUGCACGACCUUGCCGUUACCCAAAAUUACGUCGUCUUCCCCGAUACACAAAUCGCCAUCAGUCUGACGGAGAUACUCAAGGGGAAUCCGAUGGUGAGAGCAGAUCCGGCGAAAAUCCCUAGAUUGGGGAUCCUUCCACGGUACGCGGUGGACGAGACUGGGAUGCAGUGGAUCGUUGUGCCGGGAUUCAAUAUGCUUCACGCGUUCAACGCGUGGGAGGAAGACGGCGACACCAUAGUUAUGGUGGCGUCGAAUAUGUUGCCGGUGGAGAAUUUUCUGGAGAACGUGGAAUCGCUUCACACAUCAAUCGAACGAAUCGAGAUCAACUUAACUACAAAAACCGUCAGAAGAACGCCAAUUUCGGAUCAGUGCCUGGAAUUAGGAAACAUCAAUCAAGCAUACGUCGGGAAGAAGAACAGAUAUCUCUACGCGGCAAUCGAAUCGCCCAUGCCGAAGGUAGCAGGAGUGGUGAAGCUCGACCUGUCGCGGUACAACUCCGGAGACUGCACGGUGGCUACUCGUCUAUUCGAGCCUGGAUGCUACGGCGGCGAGCCGUGCUUCGUGGCUAGGGAUGCUGAUAAUCCGGCGGCGGCGGAGGAGGACGACGGAUAUCUGGUGAGCUACGUGCACGACGAGAGGAUCAACGUAUCAAAGUUGAUAGUGAUGGACGCGAAAUCCGCAAGUCUGGAAAUCGUGGCGGCCGUGAAGCUGCCGCAGAGAGUGCCGUAUGGCUUCCAUGGAAUCUUCGUGAGCCAAAAUGACCUCCAUAAGCUACUACUCUCUACAAAUUAAUUACUCGGUUUUGAACUCCAUUUAUAUAUCUGUUCAACGUAAUGAUAAAUUUAAAUGUAAAUGGUAUAACAACUAUCACUGAAAUAA